CUUAAUUUACAUUUGUUUACCUUACUUAAGUCUCACUAUCCUGUCGAUUUAACUCAAGGAAUGUGAGUAACAUGCUCGCUUAGCCUGAGAGAGGCAUAAAACUAAGUUCUCUUGUGUAAACUGGACUUGAAACUUUUUGUGAAGGCUUUAGUUCAGCAGUGCACAUGCGCAGUAAAGCAUAGCGGGAAGAUUCCAGAAACUUUUUGAAACUGAUCGUUGGAAGAAGCAGACCUCCUCUCAAGAUUGAAGACAGACAAUCAACACUGAUGCAGUGGACGUAAUCAUGGACCAAUCCUGGCCAGUGAGAGUAGUGGUUGGUGAAAACGACAUUCGCAAGGUCAGUUUCCAAGAAAGGCCCAAUAGUUUGGAAGAACUCAUAAGUGAGCUGAAAAAACGGCUCAAUCUGCAAUAUGACUUCAUGCUUCACUAUGAAGACCCGGAGUUCAACAAUGCUUUUUGCAACGUCUCAGAUUUAACCGAAUUACCCACAAGACCAACACUGAAGAUCGUCUCACUUGAAAAUGUAACCGUGACAUUGUCUUCAGUCAGCCCUUUAUCUUCAGCCUGUGACUGGUCUACAGCAAGUUCAUCUGACACCGAAAUUCUGCCACACAACACGGAAACCUCACGUGACCCAUGGCCAUCCACAUUUGAGGUGCCAUAUUUCUCUGUGGAUAUUGAAUAUAGACUGAGACAGGGAAACCUCAUUUACAUGAGAGAUGGAACACGCAUGUCAGUGUCACGAGACAUGAAGCAUGACAUUUUGCAGAAGCUAGCAGAGGAGAUGUAUAAAUACUCAGCUUAUCCCCAAGAUGAACACUUCUGUAUUGUUGCUGAGGCACUGAUCAGUAAGCACCCUUGCCUUAAAGAACCAGGAUCCACCAGGGCUUGCAAUGGAUGGAAGAACAGCUUAAAAUUCAAAAUGGGUAAUCUCCGUGCCAAACUCCGCCAAUGUGGAAUGGUAGAUGUGUCUGUCAACGGUAACAAAAAAACCCGACAGAACCCAGGUGGAGAGCCACCAGCAAAAAAUCUAAAGAGACCCAGGAGAAGUGAGACAAACUUUCUGCCUAAUUUUCCACUGGGUGAGGAUGGACUGACACUUGAAAGCUCUCGACAGAACCUGGAAAAUGAAAUGAAGAAAAGGUCGCCAAAUCUACUCUAUGUGAAUCGCCUGAUGAGCCAGACCUUCUCAUUGAGACGUAAAGAAAUUGUGGAAGAGCAGCCAUCUGUAAAGCAGAUGUUGGAACGCUGGCCAGCUCUUUUUAGGAAACAACAGGUUUUUGCAGAGUUCACCAGAGUGGCAAGUAGGGAUCUAGAGCAAGACUUCUUUGAGUCCUUGGACCGCCACACCCCACGUUUCCUGGAGAUCUUCAAGGCUAAGAAGGGAAUCAUUGGCAAUACACUCUCAGAGAUCCUUGUCCAGGUUGAAAACAGGACAAAUGAUGUGAUUGCCAAGAGGACUGCUGUCCUGCGCUGUCUGUCGGUUUUCCUCGGGGAUGAUGGAAGAGAAUUCUACCAAGUUUGUUUUGAUUCAGAUUCCAUGGCAGAUUUCAGCCAUGUUCCUGUGGGAAUAUUGACUGUCAUUCCUGAAGUCAGUGAGCAGCCACGCCCAAGUGCUCUACACCUUGAACCAUCCAGCAUUGGCAUUAUUCUGGAAGGUACAGUUGUCAUGGAUGACAUUGAAAGCCACGAUCAAGCUACACAUGCAGGUCUCACCGCUUUAAAACAAGGAGCCGCGGGCCCCUGCAGAUAA